AUGCCCGCCGUCAUCGAGGUCAAGGACGUCGGCGUGCCACAGAUCAGCCUGCGCGACUUUGACGAGCGCCGCGACGAGAUCCGGCAGCAGCUCAUGGACGCUGCUUCCGACGUCGGCUUCUUCACGCUCAACGCCCAGAUCCGCCCCUCGACGGGCUACCCGGACCCGAAAGAGUCGCUCCAGAUGGGCUUCCAGCGCACGCGCGACCAGGACCUGUCGUGGCCCUCGGACGACGACUGUCCCGGCUUCAGCGACGACGCGAUGCGGUUCAUGGAGGAGGUGCGCGACUUGAGCGUCAGGGUCAUGGAGCUUUUCGCUGAGGGCGUGGGGCUCCCCAAGGACACGUUCACCGAGGGCACCGUCUCGCCCGACGACGGCGGCGACAAGAACGACUCGAUGACGACGCUGCGCAUGCUCAAGUACUCCGAGUGCGAGGGCAAGGAUUUCGGGCCUGACUACUUCCGCGCUGGCGCCCACGCCGAUUUCGACGUCCUGACGCUCCUGUUCCAGCGCGAGGGCCAGGACGGCCUCGAGGUUUGCCCGGGCAAGGACAUCACGACCGAGUUUGGGCGCGGCGACAAGUGGACCCCGGUCAAGGUCGAGCGCGGCGCCAUCGUCGUCAAUGUUGGGGACCAGCUCAAGCGGUGGAGCGACGACCGGCUGCAGUCCACGUUCCACCGCGUGCGGUGCCCGCGCCCGGGCGAGAACCAGCAGGCCCGGUUCUCGCUCGGCUUCUUCAACCAGGCUCGGCGCGACGCCGUCAUCCAGGGCCCGGCAAAGCGGUACCCGCCCAUCACGGGCGGUGAGUUCCUCGCCCAGGCGAUGAAGCGCAACUACGACGCGGCGAUGAAGAAGAGCAAGCUCGAGACGUACGAGGUCAAGGCCGAGACGCUCGAGGCCAACAAGGACUUCCAGGUGUCGGGCACGGGCCUCGAGCGCGCAAAGGUCGCCGCCUAG